AGGCGAAGACUGGUGCUCCUGCUGCUCCUUAAGAAGGGUUCCUGACGAUUGUAUAUGCAGGACAGGUGUGACAGCAGGCAGCCACCAGACUCCGCCCAGGUAACUGGGAAAACCUGCUCGCCCUGCCUGAAACACACCUCCAAGCCAAGUCAGAUCAUGACAGAUAGUGUACGGAGACGUCUGCACAACUGACAGAACUGGCAGGGAUUGUGUAGGGACAUGUUUCUUCCAUCUCUUGGACCUCAGCAACCAGUGACUGCAACCUCUCCAACCAAAUCACAGUUUGAUAUGGAGGAAAAAAUACAGCAAAAGGAUGUCCAAAAGUAUUUCAGGGGGCAAAAAGCUGAAAAUGGACUUCAAAAUCUAGUUGUGCGUGAGUUUGAGCCGGCGGAUAAACAGGAAGUGCAGCAACUUUUUCACGAUGGGAUGAUGGAAAUGGUGGCCGACACUGCUUUCAGAGGAUUGAGACACCACCCAGAGAGCCUCCUGCUGUAUGCAGCGAUGACCGUUCUAUGUUUUGUCAUCACCGUGUGUUGGUGGGUGAUUGUACUCCUUCCUCUCAUUUUACUGUAUGGGCGCUACUUCUACAGCAGACGCAUGAUCCAUCGUUACCUGGAGCAGGCCAGCAGCAGAGACAUGGGAGACAUCCAAGGGUUCUACAUGAAAUCAAAUUCCCGUCUGUGGGUGGCCGUGCUGCGGGGCAAAGUGGUGGGCAUCGUUGCAGCGGUCGGCCAGCAGAAGCCGGGAGGCCCUGUUGAGCUGCGGCGGAUGUCCGUCGACCGGAGCUGUCGGCGGUGUGGAAUCGGCCUGGCGCUGGGACGAAAGGUCGUGGAGUUCGCUGUCGCUCACAAAUAUCGCUCCGUUGUCCUCGGAACCACGUCGUACACGUCCCCGGCCCACCAACUCUACCGGCGUCUGGGCUUCCGCUUGGUGGGGUUCACUGACGGGUACGUCACUCCCGGGGUGAGGCGUGGCCUCCCGGAAGGGAUCUUCUAUCGGGUCCGUCAUCAUCACUACAAACUCGAUGUGCAAAGGUGACAAGAUCACUGAAAAUGGACAGCUGUGAGUUAGUGGGAGUGAGGACAGCUAAACAAGAUUUAAAUAUAUGUGAAAAAUUACGAUGGGGGACGUUAUUAUUUUUAUCUUUGUAUAAUGUGUAUCUUUUUAUUCUAUUUUCUUCCCUGUACAUGCUGCUGUGAUAACUAAAUUUCCGUCUUGAGGGAUCAAUAAAGUAUCUAUCUAUCUAUCUAUCUAUCUAUCUAUCUAUCUAUCUAUCUAUCUAUCUAUAUGCUUAUUUCAAUCUUAAAGCACCACCAAACUUGUUUGGUUCAGUGUGGUUGGCUUUGACAAUACAGACAAUAAUUAAUCUCCAUCUCAUGCCAGCAUUCCACUGCAGUUUUUUGUUGUUUUUUAACAUGGCAACAAUCUGUCUUCCUCUUAAUAGGGCAGUGUGUAGGACUUUGGUAAGCCAAUGAAAACAUAACUAUCGCUACUGUCAGGUCAUUAUGUUUUAAUGAAAAAAGUUAUGAAUAACAUAUUCCCUUCCUGACAAAUAAUCCCUCAAAAUACUGCACACUGUUGCUUUGCUCGUAUUCAUAAAGCCUGUAAGGGCCUUGACUCUCUUUAUGCAGCAUCACAUCAAUGCUUUCUCUAUGCUUCUUCUUCAUGAUCCUCUGUCUGGGCCUCUUGAGGGAGAUAUGAAAUCAUCUUGAAAACACAACUGGUCAUUUGAGAUAAUAGGAGGGUGUGGCAGGUGAUCCCAGCUUGGUCAACUCCUCACUUCCUCUUAGUUUCUUUGCAGUUUACUCGCUCAGCAUUACGAUCCUCAAGAGUUGAGGGAGAUGUUCUAGAUUUUAUUUAUCCUUAAGUCCUUAUAAAAGAAUAUGGCCAUCCACACUCAAACUCAACUAUUUGUACCCUAACAGCUGCUAUAACUUAAUUGAACCAUUCAGUUCAGCUAAACCCUUUGCUUGCAGGUAAAUAAUAAAACAAGUGAUUAUGCAAACUAGCACCCUGUUAUAUGGACAUCCAUGACCUAACACCCCGAAAGAGAUCCACUAUCUUCUGUAUGCACAGUAUAACGCUGUUGAUUGUGACGAGGACACGUGCAGCUUCAUACUUGGUGUUCUAGUACAGCACUUGUAGUUAUGAACCCUCUUUUUAAUGUGACGGGGUACAAGAGAGCCACACACACACAGGGGAAGCUGGUGGUUGGUUAUUGAUAGUUGCUGAUAGAAUCUGAUUUUUUGCUAUUGAGCAAAAAUUAAUAGUGCCAGGAAAUAGCAAUAGUUUUUGCAGAACAGAUGAAUUUAAUAAAGAUGUUUCUUAUUUUUCUCAUGAAUUUUAUGAAACCUAAAAAUUGCAUUUAAUGUGGGUACACAUGCUGCCACUGUGGUCCAGAGUGUUCUGAGGGGUAGAUUUCUGGAAGGACAGGAGAACAAGGCAACAUUUGCACACUGUGCAUCCUCAGUGCAUCUCUGGAUUUACUGGCAGUGACCAUCGUAAUGAGUUAUGUUCAAGGUGGUGUGCGUCAUAGAGACACUCCUGUUUAGCUGUAUUGUGUACAGCUUGUGACGUUCGCACAGGAACGUGACUAAGCAGAGCUGUUGAAUGGACGCAUUACAGCUUUUGAAAUGGUACCUCCUGCUUGCAUUGUUCCAGAGCGAUCCAUCACCAUCGUUUUGUUUUGAUCUACAGAAAUGAGCUUACUGUACCAAGCAUCUGUAUAAUCAGUCACAAGCACUCAUUAACAUACAUUUCUGCAAGGAUCAAUGUCAAUCAUAAUUUCCAUAGUUGUAAUACAAUAUAACCUUUUUAAUGCCUAAUAAUUAAUGUAUUAAAGUGUGAUAUUAAGUCAAGUAAUCGUUGCUUUAAAUAAAUUGAAUGAUUAGAUUAUAACGCAUAAAAAGAGUAUGCUUAUAAUGCAUUAUAGACAUGGUCUCCAGUGUUGCCCAAAAUACACAUGGUGUUACCAUAAUGAUAAUGCAAUGAGCUUAAGAGUGCACAUAAAAUUAAUUUUCUAUCCCAUUGCACAACGUUUUCCUAAUAAUAAUUUAGGCUGGGACAACUUGAGUAACCAAACGGGUUUCAACAGUAUGAUGAUGUGAAAACGGCAUGUUCAGCAGAUUUGUGAAAUCCGUACUUCCUCCUAUAUGUUCAUGUCAGCAUGUGCUUCAUGUUGUGAAAUUGGCAAAUAGUUGCUGUGGGUCAAUGUGGAUCAGGCCAAUUGAAUUGCUUUAUUUUACAGGAUCUCACAUCUCACCUGCUGCUCACCUGAACAGUUUCUUCCCGUCGGCAGUCGGGCUCAUCAACAGAGCCCGGUCCCCCACUGCC